GCAAGCUUUCCCUUUCAUGCAAUUCCAGUGCGGUCACGGAGGAGAUAAGCCUGAAAGCUCCCUUUGCGAGAGAUCUUCAGUGUUUACGCCGGCCGGCUCAAAGCACAGAAAGCACGCACGAUCGCGGCAAAGCGGAUGCCAAAAGCAGAGGCAGAUCGCUCCUGAAUGGGCCGGUGGUGCGCGAUCUCGUGCACAGAUUUUUUUUUUCUCCUCUUCCCCUCUCCCCAUCCCAGCGCUAUAAAUUAGCCGCGGGGCAUCCAUUCCUCGGCAACAAAGCAGAAGCCGACUGCUUGGAGCUUUCGAGCAACACCGCAACGAGGCCAAGAAACAAAGAGGAAGCGCGCGAGAGGCCGGGAGCGGCGAGCGAUGGGGAGAAGCCGUGAGCAAUGGCGGGGGCGGGCGCUGGUGCUUGCUCUUGCCCUCCUCGUGUUCGCGUUCGCGUUCGCGCUCGUGCCGUGCGCGGGCGCCGUCGACGGGGAGAAGCAGGGCGGCGGCACGGCGGAGGCGGACCCCGCGACGGCGCACACAGGGCCGCCGCUGCCGCCCGGGUGGACCGGGGACUCUGGGUCCGGCCACGGGUCCAGCCCUGGCGGCGGUUCUUGGGAGUACGGCUGGGGCUGGGCAGCUGGGCCUGACGGGAAGGCUGGCGGGUUCGGGUUUGGUUAUGGAGGCAGCGGCGGCGAAGGCAGCGGCGGAGGUGGAGGUGGUGGAGGCGGUGGUGGAGCAGGAAGUGGAAAGGCGUUUGGUUUCGGCAUUGGCGGGUACAAAGACCACCAUGGCGGCUUUGGAGGUGGUGGCGGCGGUUCUGGAGGCUACAGGGGUGGCUUCGGCGGUGGCGACGCUGGUGGCUUCGGUGGCGGCGAGGGCGGCCAGCAUGGAGAAGCUGGCAACGGCGGAGGAGGAUAUGGCGGCCACGCUGGCGGUUUCGACGGCGGCGGCGCUGGUGGAUACGGCAGCUCUGGUGCCGGAGACGGAGAUGGGGCUGGAUACGAGGGACCCUUCCGCGGCGGAGGCUGGAGCAAGCGCGGCCACUUCCGCGGCGGAAGGUCAGCGCAGAACGACGGUGGCGGCAACAACUGAAGCCGCCCGUCCUUGUCUCCAACCACAGGAAGAUAACCAGCGAUGACAGAAAAUAUGUUUGGUCUUGCAAUCGCAGAAAUAUGUAGCUAUGUGCCAUGUAGUAUAGUGCCUCCUAUGGUGUCCUCAACCGUGCUUCUCGUCACAACUCAUAUGCGUCCUUAUGCAAAGAGUUGAAUACGAGGUGUAAGCAAUAUAUUAUACGAGCUUCAGUUCAGUAUAUAUAUGAUGCUCCUGUGGGCGAUGCAACUGAUGCUUACAAUAAGCUAGCAGAAGGCAUUACCAAUUUG